AAAAGAAAAAAACUCUAUAUAACUGCAAUAGUCUCGGAACUAUAAUCCCACCUUUAAAUAAAUUAACAAAAAUUAAAAAUAACAAUUAUAAAAAUCAAUUCCAUUGUUUUCAUUCAUCCCCCCCACAGAAAUUUUGGUUCAGUAUGGACAUGAGGCAUUUCUCCUGCCAUUUCUCAUCAACAUUAACAGAAAAAAAAUAUAUGUAUUUAUUUGAUAUGGGCAUUGAAUAUAACUUAAUAAAUUAAAAAUAAAAGUUGUUUUAUUAGUUAUAGAGAAAAAUAUUUAUAUGUAUUUAAAAAAAAAAAAAAGAGUCAGUUACUCGGUUAUAACUCCUCUAUCUUACCCACACCCACUUCAAAACAGAAACUGAUCCUCUUUUCUAACCCCAUGAACACCAGAAACAGAAACAGAAACAGAAGAAUGAAAAAUGAAAAAUCAAUUAUAUAAUAAUGUACAAACAAACGCGCCUGUAACGACCAAACUCUCUCUGUUCAUUUUUAUGCAUCAUCGUGCGGUUUUACGGUUCACACCAAUUAACAACCCCUUUCCCCUUUCUUGAAACCGUUUAUUAUUUCUCUUUAUAUACAUCACCGCUCUUCUCUCUUCUUUUUUAUCUCUCUCUUUACACAUAUAUAAUUUCCCGAUACUGUUUUGAACGUUUCUUGAUUCUUUUGAUAUAUUCUUGAUGGGUUCUUUCAGUGGUGGUGGUAGGAGUAGCAGUGAAAGAAUUAAAGGUUCUUGGAGUCCACAAGAAGAUGCUAAUCUGAUAAAGUUAGUGGAGCAACAUGGUCCGAGAAAUUGGUCUUUGAUUAGCACUGGAAUACCUGGUAGGUCUGGCAAAUCUUGCCGUCUACGGUGGUGCAACCAGCUCUCCCCAGAGGUUCAGCACCGUCCCUUCACUCCUGAUGAAGAUGCUGUUAUUGUUCAGGCACAUGCCGUUCAUGGUAAUAAAUGGGCUACUAUUGCUAGACUAUUGCCUGGUCGUACUGAUAAUGCAAUCAAGAAUCAUUGGAACUCUACUCUACGUCGAAAAAGAAUUGCUGAGUUUUCUUCUGCGUCUUCCGAGUCCAAUUCGGCGAUCAAACGGCUUAGUUUGGACGGUGACUCUGAGUCUGACUCUGAGUCUGGGUCUGACUCUGCCGCAGCGGCCAAGAGGCAAUGCUUGGGUGGCUCAGGAUGCACAGAGGACAGUAGCUUUAAUGGUGGGGAUGCUAAGGUUGUGGAGCCUGAAACACUAUUGACAUUAUCACCGCCGGGAGAUGGGUUUGUUACCGCAGCGGCUGCUAUUGGGGAGAAAACGGAAGAGGAGGAGGAAGAGGUUGAGGUGGUGAAGGGCGGAGGUGAUAAUGGGCGGUUAGUUAGGGAGGAGGAGGAGAGUUGUUUGUUGACCAUCAUGAGAAAGAUGAUCGCAGUUGAAGUUAGGAAUUAUGUUGAUAGAUUAAGGGCUCAAGAUGGGCCUCGGAACGAGAAAGAUCUAUGACGGCCCACAAAGAUUUCCACUCUUUGGCAUUUUUAUUUUGUUUUAUUUUUUUUUCUUUUACAAAUAUGUUUUAGUUUUCUCCUUUUUUAUGACAAACGAAAUUAAUUUUAAAUUACUCAGACCAUUCUCUGGAUCAGUAGUUUCGGGAAUCACAUAACAGAUACACAUUGGACAUUCUUAAAUUGAAUAAUCGAGCUACGAAAAUUUUAGGAAUACAAGAGCAUAUGCCAAAGAGACUGCAAGGCAAUACUUCACUGGCAAUGAUCAUUUGAGUUAGUUUGAAGCCUUUAUGGAUAGAUGCAACAAGAAAAUUUAAUUAUCUACCCUUUUACCAUACAGUGAAAGAAUAAUAAAUUUAACACACUGCUUUUAUCCACGA